AUGCGCCGUGAGGGUCCAGCAAUGGCUGCGCCCGAGGAGUCGUUGAGGAAGCGGAAAACUGGCGGCUUAGUCCCGGGGCCUGGGUCCCCCCCAGCUCCGGGCCGCGAUUCCACGGGCUUCCAGGCCCGCCUCCGCACGGGCACCUUCUGGCUGACCAGGAUCGUGCUCCUGAAGGCCCUAGCAUUCGUUUACUUUGUGGCAUUCUUGGUGGCUUUCCACCAGAAUAAGCAGCUGAUUGGGGACCAGGGGCUGCUGCCGUGCAGGCUGUACCUGAAGAACAUCCAGCAGUACUUCCAGGGCAAGCUGGGCUGGGAGGCCCUGAACUAUGCCCCAACCAUCAUCUGGCUGCUGGACUGGUCACAUAUGGACUUCAACCUGGACCUCCUAGCUAUCCUGGGCCUGGGCAUCUCAGCGUUCAUCCUGGUAACUGGCUGUGCCAACAUGGUCCUCAUGGCUGCCCUUUGGGUCCUCUACAUGUCUCUGGUCAACGUGGGGCAAGUCUGGUAUUCUUUUGGAUGGGAGUCCCAGCUUCUGGAAACAGGGUUCCUAGGGGUGUUUCUGUGCCCACUGUGGACCUUGUCACCACUGCCCCAGCACACGCCCACAUCCCAGGUUGUCCUAUGGGGCUUCCGGUGGCUGGUGUUCAGGAUCAUGCUUGGAGCAGGUCUGAUCAAGCUCCGGGGAGACCCGUGCUGGCAAGACCUCACCUGCAUGGACUUCCACUACGAGACCCAGCCAGUCCCAAACCCUGUAGCCUAUUACCUGCACAGGUCGCCCUGGUGGUUCCACCGCUUUGAGACUCUCAGCAACCACUUCCUGGAGCUUGUGGUGCCCUUCUUCGUCUUCCUGGGCCGUCGCAUGUGCAUCCUGCAUGGGGUACUGCAGAUCCUGUUCCAGGUGGUCCUCAUCAUCAGCGGGAAUCUGAGCUUCCUGAACUGGCUGACCAUCGUGCCCAGCCUCGCCUGCUUUGAUGACACUACUCUGGGAUCCCUGUUUCCAUCUGGGCCACGCAGCCUGAAGGGUCGAGUCCUGAGGAUGCAACAGGAGGAAGCCCGAGGGGCCCAGCCCCAGCCCAGCUUCGGUUGUGUGGUGCGACGGGCAGUCAACCUCUCACUGGGCAUCCUUGUGGCCUGGCUCAGCAUCCCUGUGGUCCUAAACUUGCUGAGCUCCAAGCAGGUCAUGAACGCCUCCUUCAGCUCUCUCAGGAUCGUCAACACAUAUGGGGCCUUUGGAAGCAUCACCAAGGAGCGAACAGAAGUGAUCUUGCAGGGCACAUCCAGCCCCAACGCUAGUGCUCCUGAUGCCAUGUGGGAGGACUAUGAGUUCAAGUGCAAACCAGGGGACCCCUGGAGACGGCCCUGCCUCAUCUCCCCCUACCACUACCGCCUGGACUGGCUCAUGUGGUUUGCAGCCUUCCAGACCUACGAGCACAACGAAUGGAUCAUCCACCUGGCUGGCAAGCUCCUGGCCAAUGACCCCAAGGCCCUAUCCUUGCUGGCACUCAACCCCUUCUCCGGCAGAGACCCCCCCAGGUGGGUCCGAGGAGAGCACUACAGAUACAAGUUCAGCCGCCCCUGGGGGAGACACGCCGCUGAGGGCAAGUGGUGGGCCCGGAAGAGGAUUGGCCCCUACUUCCCCCCGCUCAGCCUCCAGGACCUGGAGGGUUACUUUAGGUCACGGGAGUGGCCAUUGCCGGAAUCGUCCAGACAUGCAGCAUGAAAUAAAGGAGACCUCACUGCUCUGA